CUUUUUUUUCCUUUCACUUCUCUCCCCUCGAAUCACAUCCUCGCCACGUUUUUUUUCACCACAGUUCCUGAUACUUUCCGCAACGUAAAAUACCUUUCAUUCACGAUCCAUCAAGGAACAUGGGUUUGAGAGACAUACUACGUGCUGCUGCUACAUUAGCAGCGCUCGUUACUUUGGGUUUCUCCUUCGUUGGUGUAAAGAUGAACGAUCCACCAGAACAGAGUAGAUCACCACUAACUGGUUUCCCUACAUGGCACGGGACAAUUCCAAACGAAGACAAAGAGGUGAAUUAUGCAUUUGUCCUGGCAGCGUUACUCUUCACCGUUGGUGCAUCGUAUCUAUCUCACCGUGCGACCAAGUCACCUUCCCGGUCGCUGACAGGAUUCGUGACACUUUCGACCGGUAAUGAAGAAUCGUCGGUUCAGGUGAACGAGCUUAUUCAAUACUACAUCGACGCCACCACGAUUUCUGUUGUCGGAUACAUUUUCUUUGAUGUCGGAAAGAUCUGGGCUGUUGUCGGUGUACUCCACAAUUUAUUAGAAGUGGCGCUGCUGCUUACAUUUCUUCAAGGAGGGCGUGUUACCAAGGUGUCCUUUGGGUUAUAUUUGUUUGUCUAUGUUUGCCUAGUCAUUUUGUUUAGUGUCUAUCUCGACUGGCCCAAGGACGCCAUUUUUUUCCGCUGGCAGGGACUAUGCUCUGAUUUUGGUUUAGUCAUUAUGUUUGUACGCAUCUUUAUUUCUACCAAGAAGCAGCUUGAAGCAUUCGGAAAUCGUGAUCUCCAUGAUGAAGAGCUCGCCAGAGCACAAAGCGUCGUUGAAAGACUCGCUCAAGAACAAGAACGCAGUGGUAGUAUCGAUGCUCUUGCCAUCCAUCAUCCAAAAGCUGGUGAUAGAAUAGCCCAUACAGCGGGACCUUCAAGUGCGACCGUCGCCGUCAACAGCCCGUUGGAUUAUCUUCAGUCUGGUUUGAAGAAAUUUGUAGCCCUGCCGCCUACUCCUCCACAGAGCCAUCAACCCAAAGAUCGUAGUCCUGAGAGCACACCCCGUUCACAACAUCAGGCUCAUUUUGAUGGGGAGACUGUGCAUGUGCUUGUAGGCGACGACAGCGCCAACGUAGAUGCCAAUGACUGCACACGACCUGUAGUACGCACCCUGAGCAAGGAUAAAUCCAUCUGGGGCGUUGAGUGGUACAAUCCUAAUCAACUCUUGAUUUUGAUAGCAGCCUCAGUGUUCCAUUUAGUUGGUAAUGUUUUGGUCACAAUCUGGCCUCGUAGCAUGUAUGCUCUUGCCGCCUUCCAGUUCUCGUAUGGUGUGGUGUUCCCGUUGUAUGCCUACUAUCUCUAUGUCGACAACCAUGCAUUGCGACAGACCAAGGUCUAUCUACCCCAGUUCACAAAAGUAAAGACGUUCACUGUCAUCUGUUUGACCUUUAUUGGCGCAACUCUCACCAUCCGUCUAGCCCUCUAUUUCUCCACUCGUCCCGCCAGUGGAAGUGUAUUUUAAAUAGAAAGUAGUUCACUGCAAUCGCUUCUAUUUCAUAUUUUCCUUAUUCCUUACUAUGUAGCUUGUAAAGCACAUAGCUAUACUAUUAUUUAUUUGAUCUCUUG